UCUCCCUUCCUCCCCACCAUCUCUCACUCCCUCCCUCCUUCUCUCUUUCACUCUCUCUGGCCCAUUUCAAUGGUCUUUAUCCACCAAAAGGAGCUCCGCUUUCCCUCUCCUCCUCCUCCUCCUCCUCUUGCCUCCUCCACCACCAUCUUUGAGAUAAAACACUGGCUUUAGGUUUCCAGCAGCAGCAGUAGAGGGCUGGCGCUGCAGUUGCGCUGGCACAAAUUCAACGUGGGUGCACACAGUGAGUGAGAAAGAAAGAGAGAGAGAGAGAUAGAGGGAGGGAGAGAGAGAGACCCGCCGCAUCUUGUGGAUUUCUUUGCGUCCAAGCCCGUGUACAUGGUUCUCCCUGCCGCUCCUCUGUCACAUCCGCGCCAGGAGUUGAUCGCACUUCUCGGAGAAAAAUGUGGCAUCGCGCAUUAGCGACGGUCCUUGUUUUGGCGAAUUUUCUGGACGACUCGCUGGCUGGCUUUCCAAACCAAAUCAACAUUGGUGGACUGUUCAUGCGCUCCACGGUGCAGGAGCACAGCGCCUUCAGGUUUGCUGUCCAGCUGUACAACACCAACCAGAAUGUGACAGAGAAACCCUUCCACCUCAAUUAUAAUGUUGACAACCUGGAGUCCUCCAACAGUUUCUCUGUCACCCAUGCCUUCUGCUCCCAGUUCUCCCGAGGAGUUUACGCCAUCUUCGGCUUCUACGACAGGAAGUCCAUGAACACGCUGACCUCCUUCUGCGGGGCGCUGCACACCUCCUUCAUUACGCCCAGCUUCCCCAUCGAUGCUGACGUGCAGUUUGUCAUCCAGAUGAGGCCCGGCCUGCGAGGAGCUGUUCUCAGUCUGCUGGACCAUUACAAGUGGGAGAAGUUCGUCUACCUUUACGACACUGACAGAGGUUUUGCAAUCCUCCAGGCCAUCAUGGAGUCGGCUGUAGCCAAUAACUGGCAGGUGACAGCUCGCUCUGUGGGGAACAUCGUGGACCCCACGGAGUACAGACGCAUCAUCGAGGAGAUGGAUCGCCGGCAGGAGAAACGCUUUCUCAUCGAUUGCGAGGUGGACAGGAUCAACGCCAUACUGGAGCAGGUGGUGACCUCGGGAAAAAACACCAGAGGAUACCACUAUAUCCUCGCCAACCUGGGUUUUUCCAACAUGAGCCUGGACAGAGUGUUUUCUGGUGGAGCCAACAUCACAGGCUUCCAGAUCAUCAGCCCAGACAGCCCCAUCGUCCAGCAGUUCCUCCAGCGCUGGGAGCGCCUGGAUGAAAGAGAAUUUCCAGAAGCGAAAAACACUCCACUGAAGUACACAUCAGCUCUGACCCACGAUGCCAUCCUCGUGAUUGCGGAGGCCUUCCGGUAUCUUCGGCGCCAGCGGGUGGACGUGUCUCGCAGGGGGAGUGCAGGCGACUGCCUCGCCAACCCAGCAGUGCCCUGGAGCCAAGGCAUCGACAUAGAGAGAGCUCUCAAAAUGGUCCAAGUACAAGGUAUGACAGGAAACAUCCAGUUUGACACAUUUGGUCGACGAUCUAAUUACACAAUUGAUGUGUACGAGAUGAAGACUGGAGGCCCCAGGAGGAUCGGCUACUGGAAUGAGUACGAAAAAUUUGUAUAUAUAAUGGAUCAGCAGGUCACCAACGAGUCCUCUUCUGUGGAAAACCGAACAAUUGUGGUCACUACUAUUAUGGAAGCUCCAUAUGUGAUGUACAAGAAAAACUAUAUGCAGCUGGAUGGGAAUGACAGAUAUGAAGGCUACUGUGUCGAUUUAGCUUCUGAAAUUGCAAAACAUGUGGGGAUAAAAUAUAAAUUGUCAGUAGUGCCAGAUGGGAAAUACGGAGCCAGAGAUCCAGAGACCAAGACGUGGAACGGGAUGGUGGGUGAACUGGUUUAUGGGAGAGCUGACAUAGCUGUGGCUCCGCUAACUAUAACAUUGGUGCGGGAGGAAGUGAUAGACUUCUCUAAGCCCUUCAUGAGCUUGGGCAUCUCCAUUAUGAUUAAGAAGCCUCAAAAAUCCAAACCUGGGGUGUUCUCCUUCCUGGACCCACUGGCCUAUGAGAUUUGGAUGUGUAUAGUUUUUGCCUAUAUCGGCGUGAGUGUGGUGCUCUUCCUGGUGAGCCGUUUCAGCCCUUACGAGUGGCAUCUGGACGAGAACGAUGAGGCCAAAGACCCUCAGAGCCCUCCUGACCCGCCCAACGACUUUGGGAUUUUUAAUAGCCUGUGGUUCUCCCUGGGUGCCUUCAUGCAGCAAGGAUGCGAUAUCUCACCAAGGUCUUUGUCGGGUCGUAUCGUUGGAGGAGUGUGGUGGUUCUUCACCCUCAUCAUCAUCUCUUCCUACACAGCCAACCUGGCUGCCUUCCUCACCGUGGAGAGGAUGGUCUCUCCAAUCGAGAGCGCCGAGGAUCUAGCCAAACAGACAGAGAUCGCCUAUGGGACGUUAGACUCAGGCUCCACUAAGGAGUUCUUUAGGCGCUCCAAAAUAGCAGUUUAUGAGAAAAUGUGGUCAUACAUGAAAUCCGCUGAACCCUCAGUGUUUGCCAAGACAACACCAGACGGGGUUUCCCGGGUACGAAAGUCGAAGGGCAAGUUUGCCUUUCUUCUCGAAUCCACAAUGAACGAGUACAUAGAGCAACGGAAGCCAUGCGACACCAUGAAAGUGGGCGGCAACCUCGACUCUAAGGGCUAUGGUGUGGCCACACCGAAAGGCUCUGCAUUAAGAAAUGCUGUUAACCUGGCAGUGUUAAAACUGAAUGAGCAAGGCCUCUUGGACAAAUUGAAAAACAAAUGGUGGUACGACAAGGGAGAGUGCGGCAGCGGGGGAGGUGACUCUAAGGACAAGACAAGUGCACUAAGCCUGAGCAACGUGGCAGGAGUCUUCUAUAUUCUGGUGGGAGGGCUUGGCCUGGCUAUGACCGUGGCUUUGAUAGAGUUCUGCUAUAAGUCACGGCAAGAAACCAAAAGACUGAAGCUGGCAAAGAAUGCCCAAAACUUUAAGCCAGCCCCUCCUGCAAACACCCAGAAUUUUGCCACGUACCGUGAAGGCUACAACGUGUACGGAACAGAGAGUGUAAAAAUCUAGAGGGUGAAAUGUGUCUAUUCCCACUGGUGCGUCUGGAUGGAAACUGCCACUCUGUGUGACCCCGACACUCCGAGGUUGGCAUCCUGGAGGCAGCAGCCUUCUUUUGUCAUCAGCUUGGACUCAAGCCUACCAGUCAACAAGUGCUCAUUUUGGGUUAGAAACCCGUCACACUAACAGGGGGCAAUGACGCAACAGGACUUUUGCUUCUGGAAACAUGGGAUUUGCCUCUCGUAGUGCCUUAUGGAGCAUUUCGGCGUCAUGGCAAUGCAAAUAAAAUUUAAUUCACUUGAAAAAAAAACAACUAAAAAUCUGUUGAACUAGGGCAAAACAUUGCUUCAUAUGACAAUUAGAUGAACUGUUGUAAUUUCAGUUGUUUUCUAUUUUGAAGAAGAAGAAAAAAAAGCCAUGAUUUGCAAUCAAAAUCUUGGAGUACCUAUUAAGUCAUUUGAAUCCUUUACAGACAUAUUUUUGUGGUGAAAUCUUAAGUUGGAUAAAUGUUAUAUUUAGUGAAGUAAAGUCAUUUUCUUGUUUUACUAUAAGAAUAUUUUCAGUGUCAGAAUAUAGGACAAGCAUCAGUCACUAGGGUUAAGCAUCGAAUAAAGUGACCACAUUGUACCCCAGUUUUUACUUGGAAAAUAUUGAUAAUAUGAAACUAGUGGUCAUCAGAAGCAGCUUAGGUGGUGUUGUUUUCAAAGCCUGCUGACAUCAUUUACAGCUGACUGUAUUCACUUAGAUGCUUGUUUUCAAUCAACCAUGUGAGACUGCAUUUGUUUCAACUGCCACUAUCUGAAAAGAAGUAAUUUCUUUUUAUUGAAAUGAGGUCCGCUUUAAAUCACUUAGUGCCAUAUUGUUGGAAUCAAAAUAAUUAUAAAUACUUUAGAGACUAGGAAAGUGAGCCCUUUUUAUGUAACAGAAUACUCAAAUGGUUUAACUGAGCUUAUGGUUUACACUUUGUACACACUUAGAAGCUGUUCUCAUGUAAGUGCAGUAUCUGCAGCUGUGAUUCUCGACAUUUUUCGGUAAAUGAUAACACACCAUAGCUUCUUUGGUUGUGAUGAGCUUUCUGUGUCUAUGCAUUAUGCAGAAGGUGAGCUGUACAUUGAGGAAAGAGCAACGAAUGAAACAUUUGUCUGUUUGUAUAAGUGAACUUUUUAUAAACUGGAGGAAAAAAACCUACAAACGCUACAAAACCAUGUGCGCCUACAUUUGUUUAGUAUACCAGACUCUCUCUCAUCCUUUUCUCCCCUGAUGAAGUGCAUGUGAAUUUGGUGAUAGUUUUACCAAACUGCAACUCGAAAUGGGACCCUGGUUUAGUUAAGGGUCCGACAUUGGAUCCAGUUUGGCUUUAGUUUUUCAUUUGUCACAGUACCUCAACCAUGAGAGUUGCAUGUAUGGACACAAUGAACCUCUGUGGAGAGGCCAUGUACAAAGGAUUUUAUUACAUUUCCUUAAUAAAAACAGGUUUAUAUUCA